CAGCCGCAGUCCUCCUCCCCCUCCUUCCCCUCUCCUUCCUCUGCCCUCACCAAAUCCUCACUCCACUUGUAGUAUUAUCAAAUAUCUCUCUAUUCUUAUCAACAGUUCAAAGCUCGAUCCGGAUCUGACUGUCAAUUUCCCCUCCCUCUCUCUCUUAAAAUAAAACAAAACCAAACCCGAAAGACAGUUCAGUAGUAUUAAUCUAACCUUGUCAAUUUUAAUAUUUGCUCUCCCACCCUGUUCUCUGUUGCCUCUUUGUUUCUAUUUCUUUUCUCCCUUUCUAUAGCACCACUACUAUCCAUGGCUGAUUUAGACUCUCAUUUCCUACACAAUCUCCACCACCCCAGCUUCUCCAGUGACCACCAGGGCCUCGACCUCUCCAACGCCGGCUCCAACGGCAGCACCGACAUCGGCGGCCGCCGUCCCAGGGGCCGGCCGGCCGGAUCGAAGAACAAGCCCAAGCCGCCCGUAAUCAUCACGAAGGAGAGCGCCAACACGCUCCGGGCCCAUAUCUUGGAAAUUGGAAGCGGGUGCGACGUCUUCGACUCGGUGGCGGAGUACGCCCGCCGCCGGCAGCGCGGGAUAUGCGUGCUGAGCGGCACCGGCACCGUCACGAACGUCAGCCUCCGGCAGCCGGCGGGGGCGGGGGCGGUGGUGACUCUGCAGGGGAGGUUCGAGAUACUGUCCUUGACGGGGUCGUUCCUGCCGCCCCCGGCGCCGCCGGGGGCGACGAGCCUGACGGUGUUCCUGGCGGGAGGGCAGGGGCAGGUGGUGGGGGGGAACGUGGUGGGGGAGCUGACGGCCGCGGGGCCGGUGAUCGUGAUCGCGUCGUCGUUCACGAACGUGGCGUACGAGAGACUGCCGCUGGAGGAGGAGGAGCCGGCCCCGCAGCUCCAGAUGCAGUCGCCUGCACCGGACGUAUCCGGUGCAGGCGGGGUUAAUAACAACAACAAUAGUAACAACCCAUUUCCUGAUGCGUCUGCUGGGCUUCCUUUUUUCAACUUACCGCUGAACAUGGGUGGUAAUAGUCAGUUAACGGGUGAUGGCUGGGCAGGGAAUUCAAUGGGGCGUCCGUCAUUUUGAUGAUGAAAUUUGAGUUGGAGAAAUUUUGGGAAACAGAACAAUUUUUCUGAGGGCAGAUGGGGAUUUGAUUGAGCUGAAACUGAUGCAUUUUGGGUGGAAAUAGAAAUGGUUGAAUCAUGAAGGUCAGGAAAUUUUGUUAAACAUGAUCGUUGAUGAUGAUUAUGGUUCUUCGCUGUUCUCGAUCGAUUGUUUAAUUUCUGUUUCUAAUCGUUUCUAAUCUUUCUGGGUUUUUAUUGAUUGAGCUUGUGGAAAUAGUUUUUCUUCUUGUUUUUUUUUUUCAUGUAACUCUCUCUCUCUCUCUCUAUCUCCCUGUUAAGGAAAUGGUUUGACAAUUUAGCUUUGAUGCGUUUAGAAAUUAUUAGUGCUUUGGACCUC